UCCUGAUAAGAAUGCCCAUCUCCCCACCUAUCCCACACUCAGCCAAGGCCAUAUCACUGUUCCACCCUUGUUAAAGGAGGAAGCUGAGCCUGGGGUCCUCAGAAACAAGGGCUGGAAUGUCCCGCCCAGAUACAAAGCAAGCCCUUCCUCUGCCACUCCCCACCCUGCCCAGAAGAUAAAGGGCACAGGGCCAGGGCCUGACUCAUACGCGGCCCGCAGUCCUGUGCGUCCUGUCCAGUAUGUUGUUUGCUGGUGUUCUCCUUGCCCUCCUGGGCCUGGCAGCCUCCUGCAGUUUCGUCGUGCCCCGCAGUGAGUGGAAGGCCCUGCCAUCUGAGUGCUCCAAGAGCCUGAAGCACCCAGUUCGCUACGUGGUGAUCUCACACACAGCGGGCAGCUUCUGCAGCAGCCCGGACUCCUGUGAACAGCAGGCCCGCAAUGUGCAGUCUUACCAUAUGAAAAAUCUGGGCUGGUGUGACGUAGGCUACAACUUCCUCAUUGGAGAGGAUGGUCAUGUUUAUGAAGGCCGAGGCUGGAACAUCAAGGGUGACCACACAGGGCCCACCUGGAAUCCCAUGUCUAUCGGCAUCACCUUCAUGGGUAACUACAUGGACCGGGUACCCGCAAAGCGGGCCCUCCGUGCUGCCCUAAAUCUUCUGAAAUGUGGGGUGUCUCAGGGCUUCCUGAGAUCCAACUAUGAGGUCAAAGGACACCGGGAUGUGCAAAGCACUCUCUCUCCAGGUGACCAGCUCUAUGAGGUCAUCCAACGCUGGGAUCACUACCGAGAGUGAGACCUUGAGACCUUGUGGAGUUCCUACCCUGAAAUCCCUCCUGCCACCUGCUCCUUCCCAGUGACCCCAAUAAAAACUCAGCACCAACCAUGCUCCGGU